AUGCACUUAAAAGCAGCCAUUGAAGACAUACUGCCAACCCUGAAACAAGAAAAUGUGCUCGUUUAUUUCUUAAAUAGGACAUCUGACACCGAGGGGGUUGACAGUUUCCUUGACAAGAUGGAUGCAGCUUCAGAUGAGGCUGUUCCAGAGUCUUGGAGAUCAAAUGUCACUUUCAGAAGUCCCGCCUUGUACAUUUAUACCUCUGGAACUACAGGCCUCCCCAAAGCUGCCGUGAUUACUCAUCAACGUACAUUAUUAGCUUGUGGUUUGAUUAUAGCCAGCGGUGUCACUUCGGAGGACAUUAUUUAUACCACUCUGCCAUUAUAUCACAGCUCUGCCCUCUUGCUUGGAGUACAUGGUUGCAUCAUGCAAGGUGCUACCCUAGUUUUACGCUCAAAAUUCUCUGCUUCUCAGUUUUGGGAUGACUGUAGAAAAUACAAGGUGACCGUCGUACAAUAUAUUGGAGAGGUGCUUCGUUAUUUAUGUCAUGUGCCCAAGAAAGAUGAUGAUCAGAACCAUACAGUAAGACUUGCUGUGGGUAAUGGCUUACGGGCUGAUGUUUGGAGAGAAUUUAUCAGAAGGUUUGGAGACAUACGUAUUUUUGAGUUUUAUGCAGCCACUGAAGCCAAUGUUGGAUUUGCUAAUUAUACUGGAAAAAUUGGAGCUGUGGGAAGAUUGAACUACUUCCAUAAGAAAAUAAUACACUACGAACUCAUUAAAUAUGAUGUGGAGAAAGAUGAGCCUAUCAGAGAUGAAAAUGGCUACUGCAUAAAAGUUCCUAAAGGUGAAGUGGGGCUGUUGGUUUGCAAAAUCACCCGGUUGGCUCCAUUUAGUGGUUAUGCAGGAUCAAAGAGUCUGACGGAAAAGAAGAAGCUAAGAGAUGUUUUCCAGAAAGAUGAUGUAUACUUCAACAGUGGAGAUCUUUUAAUGAUUGGUCGUGACAACUUUGUUUAUUUCCAUGAUCGAGUUGGAGAUACAUUCCGAUGGAAAGGAGAAAAUGUGGCCACAACAGAAGUUGCUGAUAUUUUAGGACUAAUCAACUUUAUUCAGGAGGUGAACGUGUAUGGUGUACCUGUACCAGAUCAUGAAGGCCGAAUAGGCAUGGCAUCCAUUCGACUAGCAGAUGAUUGUGAAUUUAAUGGAGAAAUUCUCUACAAGCAUGUGAAAGAUUACUUGCCACUUUAUGCAAGACCAUAUUUUGUGAGGAUUCAGGAUGCUAUUGAGAUCACAGGAACAUUUAAGUACCGCAAAGUGCAGUUAGCAGAAGAAGGAUUCAAUCCGGCAGUUGUCAAAGACACCUUAUAUUUUUUGGAUGAUAAAGAGAAGACCUACGUACCCUUGACAGAGGACAUCUAUAACUCAAUAUGUAGCAACAGAUGGAAACUAUAGUGCUUCUGAAGUUAUUUUAAAAAAAAGUCUGUUGUCA